AAUGCUGCUUCCAAUCAGAAUUUGGAAGUUUUUUCCAUAUUGAUUAGUUAUGUCGCUUUUGUUGUUUACUCGCUACAUUUUUUUGGCCAGUUAACUUGUGUGUGUUUUGUGUGCGCUUUUUCCCACAAAUACGCGGCAAAAAAAAAAUUAAAAACAACAAUCGAAAAAAAAAUCCAAAGCGCAUAAAUAUAUAAAUAAAUCGUAUAAUUUGGCAAGAGCGAAAGACUUGCAAUCCGAAAAACGAGGAAAAAACGCAAAAAAGGGAAACGCCAGCAAAACAAAAUACAAAAAAAAUUGACGAAAGUAAAUCGAAUUAGAAAGCGGCUGAUUGGCGGUGGAGGAGGCGAAGGAGAAGGCGAAGGAGAAGGCGAAGGAGUGCGAGAGAGGGAGAGAGGGAGAGAGGAAGAGGGACAGCGAGCUAGUGCGAGAAGAAGCAGCACUCGUGCAAUCGAUAGGCGCAACCCAAAAUCGCGACCCAGCGAUCACACAAACCCUCGAUGUCCGCGGGCGUCGGCGGCGGCGGAGGCAGCAUAACGACAGAUCAUCACAGCCGCUUAUAUUUCCUCAAUUCGCCAACAACAACGCCGCUGAGCGGUCGCGAUCCGUUCUUCAUCAAACCGGAAUACCUCAACUAUGAGAAUCCCAUGCACCAUUUGUAUCCGAGCAAUCGGGGACUUAUAGAAUAUAACAAUUAUACGACAACAGUUGCGGCCGCUGCUGCUGCCUCAGCGAGUACAGGCGUCGCUGCUGCUGCCGCUGCCGCCGCUGCAGCCGCUGCUGCCGUUAGUAGCAGUAACAGUGCCAGCAACAACAACAACAACAACAAUAGUAGUAGUAGUAACAGUAACAAUAACAAUAAUAACAGCAGUAGUAACAACAAUAAUAACAAUAACAGCAGCAGUGCUGCUAAUAACAGCAGCAACAACAACAACAACAGCAGUAGCAAUAACAGCAACAAUAACAGUGAGAACUUCCAGCCACAACAACAACAACAUCAUCAUCCGCAGCAUACGCAGCAUCCGCAUCAACAUCCGCAGCAACAGCAACAACAACACCAACAACAUCAGCAGCAGCAGCAGCAUUCACAGCAACAACAACAACAACAGCAUCCCCUGCAUCAUCAUUUGUCCAGCGGCAUCGUUGUCACCGGCGUCGCACUUGGCCAUCAAUCGUCGCGUGCCCAGAAAGCAGCGAGACGACGCAGCAACGAAUCUGUCGAGGCACGCGAACGUCGCUUGGAACGGAACGCGGCGAGAAUGCGGGACAAGCGUUCGAAGGAAUCCGAGGCGGAGUAUCGAUUGCGUUUGGCCAAAAAUGCGGAGGCGAAUCGCGUGCGACGCCAAAACGAAAACGAAGUACAAAGAACCCUAAGACUGAUGAAGAAUGCGGCCAGGCAGCGUUUGCGACGCGCCAGCGAAUCGAGCGAUGAGCGUAAAAAGCGUUUGGCCAAAGCAGCCGAAAGGAUGCGUGUGGCGCGUGCUUCGGCGCCCAAGGUCAUUAAGCCGCCGCUUGAGGAUCGCCUAAAGGGCUACUAAAAGUCUCUGAGCGAGAGCGAGAUGGAGCGAGCGCACUGGAGCUGGCUCCAGCAAGUUGAGCUGAGGUCAGACAGAGACAACACCAACAGCAGCACACUACACUAUACACCUACACACACACACACCCACACACCCUCACCCUCACACACAGAGAAAGAGAGUAGCCAGCUAACAGCUAAUCAGACAGAAUCUAAUCAGAACCCAGGAAACACAAACCACAGAGAAGAAGAAGAAGAAGAAGGAGCUGCAGCAAUUGAAGAAGAGCAAGCAGAGCAAGGCAUGCACAUGUACAUACGUACAUAUGUGUAUGUGUGAGCGCCAGGAGCAACGUCAUCAACGUCGUCGUUUUAGACAGCAACAAAACAAAA